GCAUUGCUGGGUGGGGACUUUUCCUGGAAUAUGGCUUUGGAAUGCUACACUUUGCUAAAAGAAAUUUGCUAGAAGAAACUUGCUGAAGGUGGUCACCUUGAAGAUCAGAGACAGAAGUGGAAAGAAAUCCAGUUAGCUAUUUCUCAGUCUUGUGCUGUUUUUGUUGUUCCACCGUACACUCAACAGAGGGAAGAUAUUUUUCCUCACCUGGGAUCUGCUCCUCCUGUUGGGUCAGGCUGUGUCCUGGAGAGCUGUGUAAAGCAGUCCUUGGCUCAGGGAGCGUGCCUCUACAGCUGUGAGUAACGCAGAAACGAUUGCUGUAUCGCGCCACCUUUUCCUUGGACCUUUUCUGUAACAGCAGAAGUUUGUGGGAACUUUGGCGUACCCAUCACUUCUUCAGAGCUUUCAACAAUGUCUUAUCCAACUUGGCUGCCACCCAAAAGCACUGGUGAGCCCCUUGGCCAUGUUCCUGCGCGGAUGGAGACCACCCAUUCUUUUGGGACUCCCAGUAUUUCAGUGUCUACACAACAGCCACCCAAGAAGUUUGCACCGGUAGUUGCUCCAAAGCCCAAGUACAACCCAUAUAAGCAACCUGGAGCUGAGGGUGACUUCCUCCCACCGCCACCUCCACCUCUAGAGGAUCCCAGCACUCUUCUACCUGGCUCUGGAAAUUUUCCUCCUCCACCACCCCUUGAUGAAGGUGUUUCCAAAGUGCAGGGAAAUCCUGGAGGGAAGACGCUUGAGGAGAGACGCUCUAGCCUGGAUGCUGAGAUUGACUCGUUGACCAGUAUCUUAGCUGACCUUGAGUCUACUUCUCCCUACAAGCCUCGCGCUCCACAGGGCUGUGCUGGUUCAACAACUUCUCCUCCAGUGGCCACCCCUGUCACAGGACAUAAAAGAAUGGUCAUCCCAAACCAGCCCCCUCUCACAGCAACUAAAAAGUCUACAGUGAAACCUCAGGCUGCACCCCAGGCCGGGCCCAUCCCUGUGGCUCCCAUUGGAACUCUCAAGCCACAGCCUCAGCCGGUCCCAGCCUCCUAUACCACAGCACCCACCCCUUCGAGGCCUACCUUCAACGUGCAAGUGAAGUCAGCUCAGCCCAGCCCUCACUACACGGCUGGCCCUUCAUCAGGACAGAUUUAUGGCCCUGGCCCCCAUGGCUAUAACACUCAGCCAGUGCCUGUCUCUGGGCAGUGUCCACCUCCUCCAACCCGAGGAGGCACAGAUUAUACGUAUGUUCCACCACAAGGGCUUCAGCCUGAGCCUGCGUAUGGUUAUGCACCCAACCAAGGGCGCUAUUAUGAUCCCUAUUAUGCUGCAGGGCCAGGAUAUGGGGGCAGAAACGACUCCGAUCCUGCCUAUAGUCAACAAGGUCACCCAAAUACCUGGAAGCGAGAACCAGGAUACACGCCUCCUGUGGCUGGGAAUCAGAACCCUACUGGCAUGUAUCCAGCCGCUGGUCCCAAGAAGACCUACAUCACGGAUCCUGUUGCAGCUCCCUGUGCUCCACCACUGCAGCCAAAGGGUGGACACACAGGGCCUAUGGGGCCUCCAUCUCUUCCUCCUCCUUCCUUCCGCCCAGAAGAUGAGCUGGAGCACCUGACCAAAAAGAUGCUCUAUGACAUGGAAAAUCCCCCUGCUGAUGAAUAUUUUGGCCGCUGUGCUCGCUGUGGGGAAAAUGUAGUUGGAGAAGGCACAGGAUGCACUGCCAUGGAUCAGGUCUUCCACGUGGACUGUUUUACCUGCAUCAUCUGCAACAACAAGCUCCGAGGGCAGCCUUUCUAUGCCGUGGAGAAGAAGGCCUACUGUGAGCCCUGCUACAUUAAUACUCUGGAGCAGUGCAAAGUGUGUUCCAAGCCCAUCAUGGAGCGGAUUCUCCGCGCCACCGGGAAGGCCUAUCACCCUCACUGCUUCACCUGCGUGAUGUGCCACCGCAGCCUGGACGGAAUCCCGUUCACCGUGGACGCCGGAGGCCUCAUUCACUGCAUCGAGGACUUCCACAAGAAAUUUGCCCCCCGGUGUUCUGUGUGCAAGGAGCCUAUCAUGCCAGCCCCUGGCCAGGAGGAGACUGUCCGCAUUGUGGCAUUGGAUCGUGACUUCCAUGUGCAUUGCUACCGCUGUGAGGACUGUGGUGGUCUUCUGUCCGAAGGAGAUAACCAAGGCUGCUACCCCUUGGAUGGACAUAUCCUCUGCAAGACCUGCAACUCCGCCCGCAUCAGGGUGCUGACUGCCAAGGCGAGCACUGACCUUUAGAUCCAGUAGCUUGAUGAGCUUCUUAGUGCUUGUGGUACCGAGAAGAAUGAAACACAAGAAAUAGCUAAGAAAAGAAAUAGGAAAAUAGAGCCAAGGCAGUCAAGCUAUGGGAUGGUCUCUGUGCUUCAUCUGCUGUUAACCUUCCUGUAGAAUCCCAUAGCUUAUGAGAUUUUAUUUCUAGUUCUUACCAAAUACACGUUUCACAUUUAAUCAUGCAGGGCCCUGCUGGGCCUUUGUUCCAAAGACUUCCACAUUUUUGCACAGAUUAUGUUCCAUCCCAUUCACUUCUGCAUUCCUGUAACUUUUAAUCCCUAUGUUUGUCUCACUUUUCAUCUGGUUGAAUAGCUUUUUUUAGUGUGGUAUUUGCUGUCCCACGGUUUUUCAUGGGCAAGUCUGCCAAGUCCCAGGUGCUGGUAGGCUUCAAGUCACCAUCCUGUCCCUUCCGUGCUGCCUGCAGCUAUAAAUGGUGGCCAUUCUUUUACUGUGUAUUGAAAAAUGUGUUUCUCUGUUGCUCUAUACCACUCU